CGAAGCCUAGCGGGGAGCCGGCGCACUUGGGAGCAAGUCCGCUUUCUCUCUUGGGAAGGUGAAGUCUGCAGCCAGUCGGCGCCACGAGCCAUGCUGAGAAGCUGCGCCACGCACCUGCGCACUCUCCGGAGCGGGAGCGUAGAGGUGUGGAGGUCAUUUUCUUCUGAGAAAGUUACUCAUAAGGACUAUGCUGUUCCCAACCCCAGCUGGAGCAAGGACCUACGAUUCCUUUUUGACCAGUUUAUGAAGAAAUGUGAAGAUGGCUCCUGGAAACGUUUGUCUUCAUAUAGAAAAAUUCCUCCUGAACACCUUAAAGACUUCCAAACCCAAUUUAUAGACCCAAGUUAUAGCAAAGAAGAAUAUAUGUUAAAGAGCCAACUCUUCACCAGGAGCUUUGAGGAUGGCAUGGGCUUUGAAUAUGUGGUCUUCUGUAAUGAUGUUGAAAAAAAGGUUGUUUGCCUUUUUCAAGGAGGUCCUUUCCUGCAAGGAGUACCUGGAUUCCUUCACGGAGGUGCCGCCGCAUCCAUCAUUGAUGUUGCUCUUGGUAAAUGUGCAGCUAGAGCUGGGGGAAUUGUCAUGACUGCCAAUCUUAACAUCAAUUAUAAAAGACCUAUCCCUCUUUGUUCUGUUAGCGUGAUAAACAGCCAAAUUGAUAAAAUUGAAGGAAGGAAACUUUUUCUUUCUUGUAAUUUUCAAAGUAGUGAUGAGAAGAUCUCAUACGCAGAUGCAACAGGCUUAUUUAUAAAGCUGGAUCCUAAAAAACGUUUAACAUAAAAGAGCUGUCAGAGAAUUGCACACGGUUCUGCAUGAGGCUCUUCCUCCUCUAGAAGCAGCAGCUGUCCCCGCCCCUGCUCUGCUCACGCACUACAGCAUCCCCCAGUGGAGCCUGUUAACACUGAUCCUUCGGAACAUAAUUCUGAUAAUAAAUCCAGACUCUUCCACCUUUUAAACUUUUUAACAAGAAGCACUUCCAGGAGAGUAUCAGCAGAUCUUUGUAUCUCUCUAGGAUAAAAUGAUGGUUUUUCUAUCAUUUGAACAGAUUCCUUCAAGUGGGGUAGAAAUUAACAGCUGCCUACGGAAGACUUGGAAACCAAUGUAGGAAUAAAUAUGUUGAAUUGUA